AUGAGGUGCCGAGCGAAUGGAAUCCAUGGCCGCAAGCGCAGUGAGAGACGAGAGCAGCACACGCAGCAGUGCGGGACCGGGCGCAGGCCGCGUUUAAUGAGGACGCAAAGAAUUGAAAUACAUAAGCUUCGCCAGGGUGACAACUUGAUCCUUGGAUUCAGCAUCGGAGGCGGCAUUGACCAGGACCCCACUCAGAAUCCUUUCUCCGAGGAUAAGACUGACAAGGGUAUUUAUGUGACGAGGGUGACCGAAGGAGGCCCAGCAGAAGUUGCAGGGCUCCAGAUUGGAGACAAGAUCAUGCAGGUGAACGGCUGGGACAUGACGAUGGUCACUCAUGACCAAGCCAGGAAGAGGCUGACGAAAAGGAACGAGGAGGUGGUGCGGCUGCUGGUGACCAGGCAGUCCCUGCAGAAGGCAGUGCAGCAGUCCAUGAUGUCCUAAUCGAGCACGAGGUUGGGGAAGGGAUGGGGAGGGACAGACAUAGACUGGAUCUCAAGCAAGGAAGCAACUACUAGACCUGGGCAGGCUGUCUGGAAGGAGGGUAUGUUCCUACCUGUGGUAAACACUGUUUUUUUUUUUUUUUUCCCUUUUUUCUGGUGUCACUGACAGUAGUAAAACUCUAGUCCCCUUA